CCCCGUUCCCCGAUCUCUCGGGCCCCUCUUUCUCUGUCCUCUCCGAUUUCCCUCCCCCUCCCCCUCUCCCUCCUCGCCCGGAUCUCGAUCUCCUCCCCCUACACCACCGAUCGAUCUCCGGCGAUCGCCGCUUAUAUCCGCAGCCGGAACCGCCCCGAUCCCCUCGCCGGCGACGGCGGAGCUCCGCCAUGGACGAGUUCCCCGACCUCCUCGCCCGCGACUUCGGCCUGCGCCCCCAGGGCAAAUCCGCCCCCAUGGCCUCGUCCAAGGCCUCCUCCGCCGCCGCCUCCCCGUGGAACAGGUCCGGAUCCGGCCGCGCGGCGGCGCCCGUCGGGGACCCCAACCUCGGCGGCGGCGGCGGGGGCGGGGGCGACGUCUUCGACUCGAUCUUCGACGCGGCCCCUCAGGAGGCGCGGUCGAGGUCGUCCUCGUCGCUGCCCGUGUUCGAUAAGCCCGUCUACGACGACGACAUCUUCGACGGGGUUCCCGGCGUGAGGAGCUCCUCGGUGAGGUACGACGACGUGUUCGCGUCGAUGGCUUCGGGAUCUAACCGUGCGGCAUCGGCGUCCCCUCCGUACGACGAUCUCCUUGAGAAUCUCGGGAAGGCGAUGCCGGAUUCGAGCGAUAGGAAGGACAGGAGAUCGGAGGAGAGGAAAGAGGAGGGGUUGCCGGGAUUCGAUGAUUUGAUACCUGGAUUCGGCGGGAGCAGCCCUCCUCAGAAGAAAAGGGAGGCUACUGAGUCUAACCAACAAAAAUCAGCCACAUCAGCUAAGCCAACUGGCAGCAUGCCAGAUGACCCAUUUGUUGUUUUAGAAACGGCUUCCACCUCAGCAUAUUCAUCGUCAGGCUUGUUUUCGAACCCGUUAGAAAAUAUUGGCAAGUCUAUGAAUUCUGAAAGCACGAAAAUUGAUUCCUCCCCUAUCGGUGGGAUAUUUGGGGAUUCUAAUGCCUUCGAUGAGCUCUCGAAAUCAGUACCUAUAUUUAGUGCUGAGGUGAAUAACAAGAAGGACGAGAGCCCUCUAAACAUGGAAACUUUUACAAAUCACAAUCCCAAAGUGCAAUCUGCAAAAUCUUCUAAUUUUAAUAAAUCAGUCAGUAGCAAUGGUUUCCAAACUUCAGAGAGAUAUGAUCGAAAUGGCACCUUUGAAGACCAAUCACCAAAGUCUAAUGAAAAUAGCGAAACUUCUGAUGAUGUAUGGCUCACUGUUUCGGAAAUUCCCUUGUUCACAAAACCCACAAGUGCUCCACCACCUUUGCGGCCCCCGCCACCACUUGUCAUCAAGCAAAUGCGCAAUAAUCACUCAAAAGAGUCUGUCGAAAAAUCUGGAGUAUCUCCAAUAGAUGAGUUAGAAGAUUUUGCCAUGGGGAAGGCUCAAGCAUUUGCUAAUGAUAGUGGAGAAGCUUUCAUUGACAUAGAUGAAAUCGACAAGAAUUCUACAGCAGCAGUUUCUGCAGCUGCUAUGAAGGAGGCUAUGGAUAGAGCUGAGGCUAAGUUCAAACAUGCUAAGGAGGUAAGGGAGAGGGAACGUAGAGAAUCCGCACGAGUUCAUGAUCUAGAAGAUAAAGACAAACAAGAAAGGUUAGAACGCGAGCAAGAACAGAAAGAAAGAGAGGAGGAGCAAAAGAGACUUGAAAGGAACAGAGAAUUAGAGCUUGAGAGAGAAAGGGAGAAGGCCAGGCAAGCAGUGGAAAAAGCAACGAGGGAGGCACGCGAAAGAGCUGCUGCUGAGGCUCGCCAAAAAGCAGAGAGGGAAGCUCGGUUAAGAGCCGAACGAAUGGCUGUACAGAGAGCACAAGCUGAAGCACGCGAGAGAGCUGCAACGGAUGCAAAAGUGAGAGCCGAACGGGCUGCUGCGGAGGCUAGGGAAAGGGCUGCUGUAGAGGCUAGGGAAAGGGCUGCUGCAGAGGCUAGGGAAAGGGUUAAUGCAGAAGCUAGGGAAAGAACUGCUUCGGAUGCUAGGGCUAAAGCCGAGAGGACUGCAGUAGAGAGAGCUACAGCAGAAGCACGACAGAGAGCUGAGAGAGCAGCAGUGGAAAGAGCUGCUGCUGAAGCUCGUGAAAGGCUUGCUGCCGCUGCAAGAGAAAAACAGCAGCAACAGCAGCAGCAGCAGCAGCAGCAAUACAAAGCUGAAAAUGAUCUUGAGUCAUUCUUUAGUAUGGGAUCUCGAGCUAAUAGUGCACCAAAACAACGUGCUCCACCAUCGGAAACUGUGUUUGAUGCUCAAACUCAAGGGAGGGGCAAUUCUGAUGGGCCAAGAUGGGCGUCUUCUGGUUCAGCAUCCACCAUGAGGAAGGCAUCUUCCGCAACAAAUAUUGUGGAUGACCUGUCUUCUAUAUUUGGAGGCCCUUCAUCAUCUGGAGAAUUUCAAGAAAUUGAGGGAGAGAGUGAAGAAAGAAGAAGAGCUAGACUUGAACGUCACCAGAGAACACUUGAACGUGCAGCAAAAGCUUUAGCUGAGAAAAACGAGCGGGAUAUGCAAACUCAAAGGGAGCAGGCAGAAAGACAUAGGAUCGGUGAAACAAUGGAUUUUGAGAUAAAACGGUGGGCGGCUGGGAAAGAAGGCAACUUGCGGGCCUUGCUGUCAACAUUGCAAUAUAUACUUUGGCCUGAAUGUGGCUGGCAACCUGUAUCAUUGACGGAUUUGAUUACGGCUGCUGCGGUGAAAAAAGUAUAUAGAAAAGCGACAUUGUGCAUUCAUCCUGAUAAGGUGCAACAGAAGGGUGCAAAUCUUCAGCAGAAAUAUAUUGCUGAGAAGGUGUUUGAUCUUCUUAAGGAAGCCUGGAACAAGUUCAACUCCGAAGAGCUGUUUUGACAAAUCUUCUCGCCAAAUUAUUUGUUGAUCUCCUUGGGUUAUCGAACAGGAAUCAUCACUCAAAUUUCAACUCGGAAGAGCUCUCUUUUGCGAUGUCUCCUUGACGUAUGGCUUGUUGAUCAUUUGCAGAGAUAUUGGACGAGUACGUAGCAAAUCGCCGUAAAGUUAUUUUACUUUUUUUUUUUCCUUUUUCUUAUGUGGGUGUGUAUUUCUUGUAUGUGUUGAUCAUUCAUUCAUGCUUUCCCUACUAGAUACUGCCCAGAAAGGCACUUUUAAUUGGUAUAUAUUUGAUUUUGCCCUAAUAUUAGAUGGGUGUCAUUUGUGGGGCUAUUAGUUACACUCUAGUCUCUUUAUUGUUAUAGUUGUCUAAAGCACUUACCUACACCCAUCCAUAUGCUUUCUUUUUUGGCAACACCAAGACACUGUUUGGAGACAUAUACAUAUGCAGUCCCUUAAAUUACUUAUUUGUAUUCAUAGUUUGUAGCUUCUUAAUUUUGAAA